CUGCCGAAGACUCUGCCAACCGUUUAUUAACAGCCGUCGCGCUGCUCCUCAACACCUCUACUCAACUCUCCACAACUCUACUCCAAUUCCAACUCCCCACGAAUCAAAACCCCCGUACAGAUUCAGAUACGGAUACAGAUUCUCAAUUCUGGAAAUCAUACCCCGCUCCAGCAAAGGAUUUUGCUGAAUACGCUUCUUCCAGAGGGUUUCUCGAUCAAGACAAGUUUGGGGGAGAUGGAGGGCGUUGGUGUUGCGGAGGAGACCGGUUAUGUCUCGCUGAAGGAUUUCAGAGUGGUGUUGGGAAAACGCUGUGGUGAUUUUGUUGCGGAAGAGGCGGAUGGGUGUUUCGCACUCUGCUUUUGGCUUUACAUCGAUAAAUGCGCUUCUUAUCCAUCGCCAAUUUUGAAUCAGAAGCAUCCGGGCAUAGAUGAUGGCGCCCCUUUCCUUUGGUUGGAUGAAGAAAAGAAACUGAAACUCUCACCGGUUCUGUUACUACAUGAAGAAGCUUGGGGUCUUAGUAUGUCCAUGCUGAGGAUGACGGCUCCAUGUGCCUCCUCUCCAAUUGAGUUUCCAGUGAAGAAAUGGGUUUAUGUUGGGUGUGAGGUCUUACCCAAUUACGUGAGGCUUCAUGUGGAUGGAUCAAUUGUAGGGGAGAAGCCUUUGUCGUGCUCUAACAAGAGCGCAUGUGCAGACAUUAUGGGAAAACUCUCUUUGGCAUGCCCCUAUGAAACUGAGGAAAACUUGCAUGGCUACAUUCAUGGACAUGAUGUCCUGUUUCAAUCACCUGAUAUUCAACACCAUUAUACCAAGGAUCCUCCGGUGCAUCUAUCUAUUGAUGAUUUGAAUGCCUCUGAGAUCGAAGAAGAUAGUGAUGGCGUGUGGAGCAUUGUUGGUGGAAAGGCCUCUUGCCGCAGAAUCUUUUCAAUGGACAUCACGUUAAUGGAUGCAUUGGGUUGUCCUGUAAACAGAGAAUUAGAGGUUGUAGCAUCCCUCGUGUAUGCUGACAAUGAGGUGACAGUUGAAGACACUGCUGAUGCAGAGCCACCGCUUCUCAUGAGUUAUGAUGGGAUCGAAUAUGCUUGUCGUGAUAGACCAUGCAAAUUAAUCAACGGCCGUGCUUCUUUUAAGCUUAAGAUAUCUCAACUUUCAUCGAAGUGCGACAACAGGCUGUUUCAGAUUAUGUUCCACAUACCUCAAAUGGGGAGAUAUCCUUUCUUCAAGGCUCUCUCUCUUCCGAUCCGCUGCAUUUCACGGAGUAAGACUUCACGGACAGUUGCUCUGACAUCGAGAAAGUCUUCUAACAGGAAUCAUUAUAUCAAUCGAUGUGAAUCAUCCAGUCUUGAUGAUGGUUCCAUGGAGCUUGUUCCCAAUAUCAUACGUGAAGCCAAACCAAGCCCGUCGUCAAAGCGGAUCAAACUAGGAAAUGAUGUCCCACUCGCAAUGUUCAAAGAAGAACUGAAACAAGCUAACAAGGGACAUGGCUCUAUUGCUUUAAGCAGUAACGGGGACGAUGCACACGAGAUGAGCAUGAACCAGAGGCCUGAUGACCAAUACAUGGCUGAGAACAACUCAUCGUCUUCCGAUAAUGGUGACACUACUAACUGUGGCUUGAAAAGUAUUCCGAGUCCAAUUUCCGAUUUGAUAAUCUUCAAAUACUGUCUCGGAAGUCUUGCUGAGAGAUUCCACCUGCUCAAGGAAAUUGCUAUUACAGCUAGUGAAGAGCAGCUAGAGAAUUUUGCAAAGCAGGUUUCUCUAUUUUCUGGGUGUCUCCAUCACUGGCACCAAAUACGAAUGGCAAAGAGAUUGGUGGAGGAAGGAAUACAAGUUUGGACUUCACUACCUAAAAAUGAUGACCACCAUGUUCCUUGGGAGAAUCUAGUCCUCGAAAUUAAUGAUCAAUUCAUGAAGAUAGCUGGCUGUACUCGUGCGUUGACUAUUCAGGACUUUGAAUGUCUGAGGAGAAUUGCCGGAUGUAGGAAUAAUCUUGUGUCCCAAGAAGAUUUCGAGAGAAUAUGGUCUUGGCUAUAUCCGGUCGCCUUUACUUUGUCUCUUGCCACGGUUAAAUCAAUGUGGAGUUGUACGUUCCCGGUAUGGAUGGAAGGGUUUAUCACAAAGGAAGAAGCCGAGACAGCACUUCAAAACUCCGGAGGUCUUCAAGACCCCGGAACAUUUGUUCUACGGUUCCCUACAUCAAGAAGUUGGCCUCAUCCGGAUGCAGGCAACUUGGUUGUGACUUACAUUGGCAGCGACUACACAAUUCACAACCGGUUGCUUUCCUUAGAUUUCAUUAUCAGUUCUUCCUCUUGUAAAAUGACUUCAAAACUAUUACAAGAAUUGCUCCUUGAAGAGCCUGAGCUCUCUAAAUUGGGAAGGGUGGUAAGGAAUCAUCUGUAGGUGUUCAAGAUUUCAACUGCACGGUAGUAAAUUCAGGAAUCUCUUGCUCUAGCAAUCAAUGGGGUGUGCAUAUCGGUCGGUAUAUAUGUAGGUACAUUAUUUAUCUUGUGCUCCAAAUGCAUGAAGAAGAUUAGGCUUAAAUUCCUCAUCGUCGUCGUCUUAUCUUAUUUCUAGUAUUCGAAAAAUGCUCUGUGAGAAUGGGACUGUUGUUUGCUAUAUAUCUAAUCUAAUUAUGUUUUAGAUUUUGUUGAUGGUUUAGAUUCGAGAAAUGGAAGAUUUUCUAAGUUAUUGUGAGAGGAUAAGAUCUGGUGGUGUUGAAUGUUCUUGAUAGUUUGUUAAUUACACAUACUGAUGGUUAUGUUUGAUAAUUUAUUGACUUUUUGUAUGCUUA